GUAGCGUUGCCGGCGCCCCUCACGCGCUGUGCGUUCUUGGCCGUUGCCGCCGGUAACUAACAGACGGUCUUUGUCCCUGCUCCCCACAGCAUUGGGACAGCCCGAGAACGCUGCGCCCCGAGGAGCGGGUUGGGGGGGAGUGCUACUGCCACUGUAUAUAAUAGAGUCGCGCCGGGGUCUGAAGUGCUGUCAAAAUGUCAGAUAUUGAAGAGGCUUCUGACACCUUAGCAGACGUGCACCUCGAUGAUACACAUAAACCUUUAACUGAAAACACAGACAGUGAUCUCCAUUCAAGCCUGAAAGAUACCGUGGUCACUAUUGGAGCUACUGUACCAACUGGUUUUGAGUUCACAGCAGCAGAUGAAGUGAAAGAGAAAUUAGGAUCACAGUCCAGAAUAAGCAAGGACCGAGGAAAAAUCUAUUUUGAAAUUUCAGUAGAGAAACUUUCACAGGUUCAUCGUUUAAGAUCAGUGGAUAAUUUAUUUGUUGUUGUUCAGGAGUUUACAGAAUAUCAAUUUAAAGAAACUAAGGAAGAUGCUCUAAAAGAUUUGGAGGACCUGGCUAAAAAACUGCCUUGGAGUGACCCUUUGACAGUAUGGAAGUUAAAUACCAACCUAAAGAAAAGAAAGACAAAAUAUAAAAAACAAAAUCAGAGUAGUGCAAGCAAGGAAAAGCUGAAUGAUAAUGGAAGAAAGGACAGAGCAGAUGAAAAAGAUGCUGAUGAAGAGUUUCUUGACCACGCACAAAAUACCCCAGGCUUGAAAUCUGUUGAACAGAAUACAGAAAAGACAGAGGAAAUGAUCCUAGCAGGUGACCAAUUAGAUGGAAAAGAUGAAUUCCUGAAUAUAACUGGAAACGAAGACACAGUUGGCGACUGCAAGAAAGGUGAAGAAAAGCAGGUGCUGAAAUUCCGUGUUACAUGCAAUAGAGUUGGUGACAAACAUAGUUUUACAUCAAAUGAUGCAGCAAGAGACUUUGGUGGAGCUGUGCAAGAUUACUUCCAGUGGAAGGCUGACAUGACCAACUUUGAUGUGGAGGUCCUCUUGAACAUUAACAAUAAUGAAAUAGUGGUGGGCAUUGCAUUAACUGAAGAGAGUCUUCACAGAAGAAAUAUUACACAUUUUGGACCUACAACUCUUCGAUCCACACUUGCUUAUGGCAUGCUCAGGCUCUGCAAUCCUCAACCAACUGACAUAAUAAUUGAUCCAAUGAGUGGAACAGGGGCUAUACCAAUAGAGGGGGCUACUGAGUGGCCUACCUGUUAUCAUAUUGCAGGUGAUAACAACCCACAGGCUAUGAAGAGAGCAGCAAAUAACAUCUGUUCUUUAUUAAAGAAAAAUCAGAAUAAAGAAAGUGGCACUUCCUGGGGCAUGCCGAUAGAUGCCAUUCAGUGGGAUAUAUGCAAUCUCCCCUUGAGGACCAGCUCUGUGGAUGUUAUUGUAACAGACAUGCCAUUUGGAAAGAGGAUAGGAUCGAAGAAGAAGAACUGGGAUCUCUAUCCAGCCUGUCUUAUGGAGAUGAGUCGCAUCUGCCGACCUGGGACAGGCAGAGCAGUACUACUUACCCAAGACAGGAAAUGUUUUGCCAAGGCCUUGUCAAAAAUGGGACACUUAUGGCAAAAGGGUCAUACACUGUGGGUGAAUAUAGGGGGACUUCAUGCUGCAGUUUAUCUUCUGAAACGUACCUUGGAAAAAGCAGGAGAGAAAAGAUCAUACUGGUAAUCCCCCUGCCAGUGAACAUACCAAGCAGCAGCCACUUGCCAAUGUGUAAUGCCUUAGGACUGCCAAUUCCUAAGAUCUAGUAGAGAAAGAAAUGUGCUUAAAACGUGCACACACAUUCUGUUAAGAUAAUACUGAUUCAGUGUCAUUUGUCUCCUUACAUACUCGGGAACUUUAUUUGAAACUAAGUAGAAAAAAAGACGCAGAUCCACCAACAAAUACCAGUGCUUUCCUGUGCAUAUGAAUUUGUUUUACUUAUGGCUGUGGUGUUUUCCACUUAAAUGUAUAUGUGUUUUCAUGUUCACAAGAGAAUAUGCAGGGUAACUUUUCAAAACUAUAGAAAUUGUAAGACGGUUUUAAACUGCUGACGUAUAAGACUACUGAAGACUGUCUUCUCAACUGUCUUUAGUUUGAGGGCUUUUUUUUUUUUUUUUUUUUUUAAUAGGAAUAGUGUUUCUUUCUGGAAAGAUUUUUUCCUAUGGGGAGAUAUCUCCUUUUUGUUUGUUUAGUUUAUAAUAUUGCCAAAAUAUAAGAAAACUAACAAAGUAGUACCUUUGUUUUGCUAGAAAUUCCAUCUUCUCUGCAGUACAGUACUCUGUUACUGCUGCCUCUGUUCUCACCUGCUACCUCAACUAAGUGCUAAUUCAGUAAAUGUUUACGUAAUAUUAUGCAUCACUGCUGUAGGUGAGGUGGAGAAAUGUAAAAAGGGCCUUAGGAAAGUGUGUGUGUGUUUAAAAAAAAAAAAAGAGAGAAUCUACUGUUGCUGUUCCAGUCUUCAUAUACUACUGCAUAUUUCUGGGGUAAACAGAUUUAGACUAGGAUAGGAUGGCUGAGAUGCAUCUGAAUUCAACUGACUGACUAGAAGAUGCUUUAGGUGUGCCACCACAAUUGGCAUGUGUCAAUAGAAUUUAAGCUUUAAAAGUGAUCUUGUCCCUACUGUGAAUGUAUAAAUAAAUUCUAAAGUCUGUCAUCCCUCUUUACCAUGGUGAAAAUGAUAAAGUUACCAGUUUGUUAACCAUCAUCUUAAUGCCAUCAUUCACUCUUGAAAAUGCAUAAGGGUAGAACAGUAAAUAUUAAAGUUCUAGAUGUUUUGGAUGAGAGUUGGGUUCUUUAGGAUUUUUCUGUGUUCAUUUAUCAAUCAGUAGUAGACUUUCAUUCAGCCUUUAAUACCUACUGAAUAAAAUUCUUCAUA